AGAUAUUUAAAAUGUUUUGUCUGGAGAAUAUUGAUUUCUUAAAAUAUUUCGAGUUUUUGUCACAAAUAUGAGAUUAUUUUAUUAUAAUAGUAAAAAAUUGUGAAAAUACAAAAUUAAUUUUUUUUAGUUUCACCAGGGGUAAUUUUAAAAACGAUUGUCACAUUGUGAAAAAUGUAAAUAUUAGUCAACGUCAAAUAUUAUAUUAAAAAUGGCGGAUGAAUUAGAAGAUGAUCAAUGGUUAUACGGUGAAACACCAGAUUUAAAUAUUGAAGAAGCUUCUAAAGACCCACCAAUCUCUGAACCUGUUGAAACUGAGGAAAAUGGAGUACAAGAGGAACAACAAAAAGAGUCUGAACAACAAGAACCUCAAACAGAAGAAGCUCCGGUAGCAGAUGAAGAAGUGGACACUAAUGAACCGGAAGAGAAAGAAAUUGAAGAGCCGAGCCAGGAUGGUAUGGAAGACGGCGAAGUACAACAAAACGGAGAGGAUAGCGAAAAAGAUCUCGAAGAUGAUGAUAGUGACGAUGACGUUAACGUAGUUAUAGGGGAUAUUAAAACAACAGCACCUUCGUAUACACCUUUAAAUAUUAAAAGAGGUGGCUUACUUACUUCUGUAAGUGACAAAACUAAACAAAUUCAACAACCACAACAGCAGCCUGGAAAAUUUACAGUAGAAGAGUUUGAGCAGAUUGGUACCAUAAAUGGGGUACUAAGUUCAGAAUUUAACUUGGAUAGUUUAGAAGAUAAACCUUGGAAAAAACCUGGUGCAGAUAUUACUGAUUAUUUUAAUUAUGGGUUCAAUGAGGAUACAUGGAGAGCUUAUUGUGAAAGGCAGAAAAGAAUGAGAGUGAAUGAAUCGGGAGUUGGUAUAAUGUCUAUGAAUAUGAUGGGAGCAAUGCCAAGAGGACCAGUCCCUAUUAUGAACGAUAAUAGUAAAUAUACAGGUAAUUUCUUAGGAAACAAUCAAAGGAUGCAACAACCUAUGAAUAAAGGUGAUCAACUACCCAAAGUUAAUACAAUUCAGGUAAUGACUGCCGACAGAAGAGAAUAUAGUAGAAAACCGGGUUUUCCUGAUAUGACUGUUCCUCCACCUGGAAAUUUCGAAACAUUUCAACCAGAAUAUGGGUUCAACCCUGAACCGGAACCAUUCUAUGGUGGUUAUGAACCAACGCAAGAUUCACAAUGGGGUAACGAGCCACCUCCUGGUUGGGCACCCACAGAAUUAAAAACUUUAACAGGCCCUCCUCCUAUGGGACCUCCUCCUAUGCAUAUGGGUCCACCACCUGGUAUGGGCGUUAGAUCUCCAAGUAGCAGACGUGAUGGUAGUCCUCAUAAAGAAAGAGAUCGUGAAAGAGAAUCUAGAACUCGAUCAGAAAAAUCUAAAGAUAGGGAAAGAGAUAGAGAACGCGAAAGAUCCCAUAGAAGAGACAGAUCAAGGAGUAGGUCUAGAAGGCAUAGAUCUCGAUCAAGGAGUCCUAGUCAUAGGUCUCAUAGGAAGAAGAAGUCUAAGAGACAUGACGAUAGUGAAUAAGAUAUACCUAGAGGUUAAGUUAUUUCAAUUAUAAUUAGGAACAUAUGAAUUGUGUUUGUAAACCAUUUUUAAUUGUAUUUUUUCAAUUUCCAUGAUUUAUAAAAGAUAAUAAAGUAUACUGAAAUGUAUUCUUUUCGUUGAUAA